CCGCGGAGCGUCUCGUCGCGAGAUCCGUUCCGCGAAAGAUCGUCCUUGUUUGCCGUGAUUUUCGUCACAGUCGUGCGUCUCCCACGUUUCUGCGCUCAGAAUGAAUGCGCGGCGUGUCCUGUGCGGACUCUUCUGCAACACGUCCGUCGAUGGGAUCGGCACCUGCUGGCCGAGGAGCAACGCCGGAGAGAUGGUGGCCCGUCCGUGUCCCGAGUUCUUCUACGGGGUGCGGUACAACACCACCAAUAGCGUGUUCCGAGAGUGCCUUUCCAACGGUACCUGGGCCAUGAAGGGCAACUACUCGCAGUGCCGCGCCAUCCUCAACGAGGAGAAAAAGAGCAAGCUCCACUACCACGUGGCUGUGAUCGUCAACUACCUGGGCCACUGCGUCUCUCUGGGAGCCCUUCUGGUGGCCUUCACCCUCUUCAUGUGUCUGAGGAGCAUCCGAUGUCUGAGGAACAUCAUUCACUGGAACCUCAUCACGGCCUUCAUCCUCCGCAACGGCACCUGGUUCGUGGUCCAGUUCACCAUGAAUCCAGAGGUGCACGAGAGCAACGUGAUCUGGUGCCGACUGGUCACAGCCGCCUACAACUACUUCCACGUGACCAACUUCUUCUGGAUGUUCGGCGAGGGCUGCUACCUGCACACGGCCAUCGUGCUCACCUACUCGACGGACAAGCUGCGCAAGUGGAUGUUCAUCUGCAUCGGCUGGUGCAUCCCCUUCCCGAUCAUCGUCGCCUGGGCCGUCGGCAAGCUCUACUACGACAACGAAAAGUGCUGGUUCGGCAAGCGUGCGGGUGUGUACACGGACUACAUCUACCAGGGCCCCAUGAUCCUCGUUCUGCUGAUCAAUUUCAUUUUCCUCUUCAACAUUGUGCGAAUCCUCAUGACGAAGCUGCGAGCCUCAACCACCUCCGAGACCAUCCAGUACCGGAAAGCCGUGAAGGCGACGCUCGUCCUGCUGCCCCUCCUCGGCAUCACCUACAUGCUGUUCUUCGUGAACCCCGGAGAAGACGAGGUCUCGCAGGUGGUCUUCAUCUACUUCAACUCCUUCCUCGAGUCCUUUCAGGGCUUCUUUGUGUCCGUGUUUUACUGCUUCCUGAACAGCGAGGUGCGCUCCGCCGUCAGGAAGCGGUGGCACCGCUGGCAGGACAAGCACUCGAUCCGCGCCAGAGUGGCUCGGGCCAUGUCCAUCCACACGUCUCCCACACGUCUCAGCUUCCACAGCAUCAAGCAGUCCACGGCCUUGUGAUGAGGGCCCGCACUCGCACCCCGAAGCACGGCUGCGCCACGGGACCGCCGGCCCGGAGACACCGGCGUGGGCCGGACA